UACCGCCACCGUCGCCACCACCGCCGCCACCACCGCCACGACCGCCACGACCACCACCGCCACGACCACGACCGCCGCCGCCGCCAUGUCCCCGCCGCAGUGCCACCACAACGAGACGGUCGCCUUCUUCUACAACAACAGCAACAAGACGCUGUACGACGGCUGGACGGUGGGCCACAAGGUGGUGAUGGCGCUGGGCAUCGGCGUCUGCGUCUUCAUCAUGCUCGCCAACCUGCUGGUGAUGGCCGCCGUGCGGGCCAACCGCCGCUUCCACUUCCCCAUCUACUACCUCAUGGCGAACCUGGCGGCGGCCGACUUCCUCGCGGGCGCGGCCUACUGCUACCUCAUGUUCAACACGGGCCCAAACACGCGCAAGCUCACCGUCAACACGUGGAUGCUCCGCCAGGGCCUCAUGGACACGAGCCUCACGGCGUCGGUCGCCAACCUCCUCGCCAUCGCCAUCGAGCGCCACAUCACCGUGUUCCGCAUGCAGCUGCACACGCGCAUGAGCGAGCGGCGGGUCGUCGUCGUCAUCGCCCUCAUCUGGCUCGUCGCCAUCCUCAUGGGCGCCAUCCCCAGCAUGGGCUGGAACUGCCUCUGCGACAUCGGGGCCUGCUCCACCAUGGCGCCCCUCUACAGCGUCAGCUACGUCAUCUUCUGGGCCGUGUCGAACCUCUCCACGUUCCUCAUCAUGGUGGGACUCUACGGGCACAUCUUCGUGUACGUGCGCUCGCGCGCCAUGCGCAUGUCACGGCACACGUGCGGCGCCCGCCGCAACCGGGAGACCAUCAUGAGCCUGCUCAAGACGGUCACCAUCGUGCUGGGCGCCUUUAUCGUAUGCUGGACCCCGGGACUCGUCAUCCUCCUCCUCGACGUCUUCUGCCCGUCGUGCGAGAUCCUCGCCUACGAGAAGUUCUUCCUCCUCCUGGCCGAGUUCAACUCGGCGAUGAACCCCAUCAUCUACUCGUUCCGCGACAAGGAGAUGCUCUCCACCUUCAAGCGCCUGCUCUGCUGCCGGCGCGUCGACGCCGGCGGCAGCGCCGCGGGCAGCACCACCAACGUCACGAGCGCGAGCGUCAGCGCCGCCGCCGCCACCGCCGCCGCCGCCAACAACGGCGCGGUCGACAAGGCCGAGCGAUCGGUCUCCUCCUCGGCGGUCGCCAACCACUCGUUCGUGUCGCCCGUCAACGCCGCCGCCGUCGCCGCCGCGUUGAACAAGGAACACUCCUUCGUGUGAGACCCCGCCCGCCCGCUCCGCUCCGACCGCGCGGCGAUGGCGGCGAUGGCGGUUGCGGUGGUUGCGGUGGAGGUGGCGGCGAGCGGGCGGCGUCGAUGUCGUACGUAGCGGCAGUGCCGUUGGUGGAAUUUGUAGCAGCCGCAGCAUUAGCGGAGUCCAAUAUCAUCUUUAGCAUUAUCAGCAGCAGCAGCAGCAGCUUCGAUAUCAUCUUUAGCAUUAACAGCAGCAGCAGCAGCAUUAGCAGCAGAAUUAGCAGCAUCGAUUUCAUCAUUGCUUGCGAUUAAUUGCAGCAGCA